CAGUGGCUGUUUUGCAGUUUCGGCGGAACGAAAAGGACGCGCCAGCCUUCCGGGUCACUGCUGUCGGGAGGCCCGCUCGGUGUCUGGCCCGACGGCGUCUCCCUACCCGCCCGCCCGCUCAGUCUGCGGGAGCCAGCCGCCCGCGCCUCUUGUGCGACGCUCCCCGGCCCGAGCGCCGGAGGUCGAGUCCCGCGGCCUUGCGGGGUCCGCGGCGGGCGGCGGAUGGGCAGUCGGGGCCUCAGGGCCGGCUGCUGGCGGGAUGGACACCCCGGAGGAGGAGAUCGGGGCCAGCGGGGCCCCGCCCCCCGCGCCCAACAUCAGCGUGCCGCACCGCUGUCUGCUGCUGCUCUACGAGGACAUCGGCACCUCUAGGGUCCGGUACUGGGACCUCUUGCUGCUCAUCCCCAACGUGCUGUUCUUCAUCUUCCUGCUCUGGAAGCUUCCGUUUGCUCGGGCCAAGAUUCGAGUCACCUCCAGCCCCAUUUUUAUCACCUUCUAUAUCCUGGUGUUCGUGGUGGCGCUGGUGGGCAUCGCCCGGGCCGUGGUGUCCAUGACGGUCAGCGCCUCAGAUGCUGCGACUGUCGCUGAUAAGAUCCUGUGGGAGAUUACCCGCUUCUUCCUGCUGGCCAUCGAGCUGAGUGUGGUCAUCCUGGGCCUCGCCUUUGGUCACCUGGAGAGCAAGUCGAGCAUCAAGCGGGUGCUGGCCAUCACCACGGUGCUGGCCCUGGCGUACUCCGUCACCCAGGGCACGCUGGAGAUCCUGUACCCGGAUGCCCACCUCUCGGCUGAGGACUUCAACAUCUACGGGCACGGGGGCCGCCAGUUCUGGCUGGUCAGCUCCUGCUUCUUCUUCCUGGUCUACUCUCUGGUGGUCGUGCUCCCCAAGACCCCGCUGAAGGAGCGCAUCUCCCUGCCCUCACGGAGGAGCUUCUACGUGUACGCGGGCAUCCUGGCGCUGCUCAACCUGCUGCAGGGGCUGGGGAGCGCGCUGCUGUGCGCGGACAUCAUCGAGGGGCUCUGCUGCGUGGACGCCACCACCUUCCUCUACUUCAGCUUCUUCGCGCCCCUCAUCUACGUGGCCUUCCUGCGGGGAUUCUUCGGCUCGGAGCCCAAGAUCCUCUUCUCCUACAAAUGCCAAGUGGACGAGACCGAGGAACCGGACAUGCACCUGCCCCAGCCCUAUGCGGUGGCCCGGCGGGAGGGCCUAGAGGCAGCGAUGGCCGCCAGCACGCAGUUCGACUCGGCCGGGGGCAUGGCCUACCUGGACGAUGUGGCUUCCAUGCCUUGCCACACUGGCAGCAUCAACAGCACGGACAGUGAGCGCUGGAAGGCCAUCAACGCCUAGCCUGGCUGCCCCGGGAGGGCGGGAGGGCCUGGGGGCUUGUGGAGGAGCGGCUGGGGAGUGCAGAGCCCCUGGCAGAGGAGGACGGGGGUCAGGCCCGUGCGUGGGCAGCAGUCCUGUGCAGCCCCUGUCCCGCCCUCUGUUCCCCACUUGCCUGCGGCCACCUCUGCUUCAGCUGGAGGCCGCCUCCCCCUCCCACCUGCCCUCGCCUUGCUCGGCGACUUGGCUCCGACUUUGAUGUCUCAGGGCCAGGCCUGGCUAGGCUGGCCGAGGGCACCUCCCUGCAGCCUGGUCCCCCAGGACUGGUCUGAUCCUCCUCAUCCUCCGUGCCCCUACCCCCACAAAGCCCACUCUGGCGGAUGGGCUGAAGUGUGUAUAUUUUCUUGAUCUGUUUUCUAAUAAAAAGGAAAA